CGCGCCCGCCUCUUUACCCGCCGCGGCCGCUCGCCGUGCAUGAUGGAAACACCAUGGCUGCGGCGGCCCAGCUCUCCCUGACCCAGUUGUCAAGCGGAAAUCCCGUUUAUGAAAAAUUCUAUCGUCAGGUAGACUCAAACAAUGUUGGAAGGGUGCUGGCCCCUGAUGCUGCAGCUUUUCUGAAAAAAUCAGGCCUUCCGGAUUUGAUCCUUGGAAAGAUCUGGGACUUGGCGGAUACAGACGGCAAAGGUAUCCUGAACAAGCAGGAAUUUUUUGUGGCUUUGAGGCUUGUGGCAUGUGCACAAAACGGACUGGAAGUUUCCCUGAGCAGUCUUCAUUUGGCUGUCCCUCCACCUCGAUUUCGCGAUUCCAGCAGCCCAUUGCUACUCAGCGGAACAGCGUCGCCCGAGCUCCCCUGGGCUGUCAAAUCUGAGGAGAAGGCCAAAUAUGAUGCUAUUUUUGACAGUCUUAGCCCUGUGGAUGGAUUCUUGUCUGGAGAGAAGGUGAAGCCAGUGCUGCUUAACUCCAAGCUGCCCGUGGAUAUCCUUGGGAGAGUUUGGGAGUUAAGUGACAUCGACCAUGAUGGAAUGCUGGACAGAGACGAGUUUGCCGUUGCCAUGUUUUUGGUAUACUGUGCCCUGGAGAAAGAACCUGUGCCAAUGUCCUUACCUCCAGCCUUGGUGCCACCUUCAAAGAGAAAAACGGUCAGUACUCCAGCCUCCAGAAGGUCCAUGCCUUCCAUGGCGCCUGCCAAGGACUCACGCCGGAACUCAUCACCCGUAGGUGUCUUACCUACCAGAACACAGUCACAGUGGGUUGUGUCACCUGCAGAAAAGGCAAAAUAUGAUGAAAUCUUCCUGAAGACUGACAAGGAUAUGGACGGCUUCGUGUCUGGGUUUGAGGUCCGAGAGAUUUUCCUCAAGACUGGAUUGCCAUCUGCUUUACUGGCGCAUAUCUGGGCCCUGUGUGAUACGAAGGACUGUGGGAAACUCUCCAAGGAACAGUUUGCUCUGGCUUUUCACUUAAUUAAUCAGAAGUUAGCCAAGGGCAUUGACCCUCCUCAGCUCCUUUCUGCCGAGAUGAUCCCGCCAUCCGAUAGGGCCGGUUUGCAGAAGAGGAGUCCAGUGGCUGAUUUUUCUGCUAUUAAGGAACUUGAUUCCCUGAACAACGAAAUAAUGGACCUGCAGAGGGAAAAGAACAGCGUGGAGCAGGAUCUCAAGGAGAAGGAAGACCACAUCCGGCAGAGGACCAGUGAGGUCCAGGACCUUCAAGAUGAAGUCAAGAAGGAGAGCAGCAACCUGCAGAAACUCCAGGCCCAGAAGCAAGAAGUGCAGGACAUCUUGAAUGGGCUCGACGAGCAGAAAGCCACCCUGGAGGAGCAGCUCAAUGAUGUGAGGCAGCAGUGCGCCGAGGAGGCCCACCUGAUUUCGUCUCUGAAGGCCGAGUUAACAAGCCAAGAGUCUCAGAUCUCCACUUACGAGGAGGAGCUGAGCAAGGCCCGCGCGGAGCUGAGCCGCCUGCAGCGAGAGACGGCGGAGCUAGAGGAGAGCGUGGAGGCCGGCAAGGCCCAGCUGGCCCCGCUGCAGCAGCACCUGCAGGAGUCCCAGCAGGAAGUCACCUCAAUGCAGGUCAGACUGACGGAGAUGAAGGAGCUGGACGCCUCCGCCAGCCAGGACAGCUGGCUCCGGGGCUCCCACGGCAUGCUGGUCAACGGCGCCGCCGAGUACUGCAGCCUGAGCAACAGCAGCAGCGAGACGGCCAACCUCCACGAGCACUUGGACACCCCGAGCGCCCUGGACACGGAGCCCGGGCCCCAGGAGUCUCCGGUCAGAAGCAGUCCCGAAGUUCCUUCCUCCGAGGUAGCUGACGAGAAGGAAGGGGUGACUCGCUCCGUGCUGGAAAAAGAAGAUUUCUUCAGCAUAGACUCGAGCUCCCUGUCUGACACCGCCGUGGAGUCGAACCUGGACUUCUUCCAGUCGGACCCUUUUGUUGGUCGGGACCCUUUCAAGGAUGAUCCUUUCGGAAAAAUAGAUCCAUUUGGAGGGGAUCCCUUCAAAGGCUCAGACCCAUUUGCCGCCGACUGUUUCUUCAAGCCAUCUGUGACGGAUCUUUUUGCUGCCCCGGAACUUGAUCCCUUCUCUGCUGCCAGCAGCAGCAGUGACCUCGUGAUGGAGACCCUGAAGGACAACGACCCUUUUGCCCCCGGUGGAACCAUUGUGGCUGCAGCGAGUGAUCCAGCUGUAGAUCCCUUCACGUCCGUGUUUGGGAGUGACUCCUGCGAGGCUGGAUUCGCCGACUUCAGCUCCCUGACCCAGGACAACAGCGAGGAAGCAUUCAUCUCGGUCACAUCCAGCUCCAGCGACAGUGUGGCUUUAACCCCGGGGGCGUUUGACGAGCCUCCUCCAGUCAAAGAUGAAGAAGUGCCCCCUGCUCUGCCCCCCAAAACUGGGACCCCGACGCGGCCCUGCCCUCCCCCACCUGGGAAAAGACCUCUCAGCCAAUUGGACUCUUCCGAUUCCUUUAAACUGAAUGACCCAUUUCAGCCUUUCGCAGGCAAUGAUACCCCCACAGAGACAGCUCUCGAUCUGUACCGCGGCCCGCAGCACACCUCUGCUUCUGCCACCACUGCCCAUAAAGAGGCUGCCCCAAGCCGCGGUGCUAACGUCGGCGCUUACCCCACGGAAGAAGAUCUGAUCGAAUGGGCCAAGAGGGAGAGCGAGAGGGAGGAGAAAGAGAGACUGGCCAGGCUGAACCAGCAGGAACAGGAAGACCUGGAGCUGGCAAUCGCCCUGAGUAAAUCAGAGAUCUCGGAAGCGUGAAGGCCGAGGAGGACCCUGCUGCCAACAGCCUCCCUCCUCCGGAACACCGAGGCCUGGGAAGAGGGUGAUUGGAAGCUCCCCGUGAGCACGAGAACGAACAGGAAAGGUCUUCGGCUCCCACAGGGGCCCGGCCUUUCUCCCGUCAGACUUUAUCGGUGUCUCCCCCGCCCCAAACGGAAUGACUGAAAUCUGGUACCUUUAGUGUGGGCUCUGGAAAGUGUCCGAGCAGAACCCCAGAGACGUCCCUUCUAGCUCGAGAUCAGCCGCCCUUUCGGCCCCCUCCAGCCUUUGUUCUAGCAGAGCCCUCGGGGGCUGGAGGAGGGAGGCGGCCAGUGCCUCCUGGUGCUGCCCGUUGGGUGACGCGGGAGUUGGACUUGCAUGUUCCCAUUUCCCUGUUAGAAAAGUAAUGUCCAACUCUGGUUUUCUCCCGGACCUGGGGCGAGCCUGGCCUCGCUAGACUCCUCCCCUGGAUGAGGAAUGGCCGGUCGCCGAGGGGCUUCUGAUGGGAACUAGUUCAAAGUCCCUGCGUCAGAUCCGCAGAGACCUCCCUGUCCGGCCGGAGAAAGCCGCCACCGCUUCCUUCCCGGGACACGCACCGUCGCCUCUGGCCGGAACCUCGCGUCCCCCGAGCAAGCCGGGCUUGUCCCGUACUAUCCACGGACAAAUGUUCUCUCUAGAAGGUUCCCCUCGACGUGGAGGGCACGUCGCCAAGGCGGUCUGGCUCGUUCAAACCUGGGGGGGGUCUGUUUAGCUCUUCCCUCCUCGUCAUUUCCCUGAGGAAGGCUGGGGAGGCCGGCGGGGAGCCCCCCUUACAAAGCAAGUUCCCCAGGCCCGGCCCGGGUCGUUGGUUUUGCCCCGCAGCGCUCUAGACUCCCACACAAAGAUAGGGUCACUUUGGGCUUUUUUUAACAAUCCAUUAACUGCUCGUUUAUCCAAGGCCAAGCUUCAGAAAGGGUGCCCCGAGCCGUGCAAACGUUCCCUCCGGCCCCCGGUCCAGCUCCCCUGUUGGAAGCCCCAGCCCUGACCCAGACGGACCCUCACGAGGGCAAACCUGUCCUAUCGUUGGCCGCCAUGCUUGCUUUGUACAUAGAAGUUUCCCCUCCCCGGGCUGAGCUCCCUGCUGUGGCCGCCCUGACAGGCACUGCCCGUGGGGCGGCCGAGGAGGGCGGCAUUUAGGCUGCUGGCGGGGCCCCCCUGCUCGCCAUCCCCAGGCCUCCUUGUUAUUUCAGGAAAACAGGUAAGUUGACUUGAACAACCUUCUUUUGCACUGGGAAAACGGGCGGCGUUGCAGCCGCUCCACCAAUAGGAACCUUUGGCAAGUAUUCACUCCCUCUAGUGUGUCUAGACCACCUUUGAUGUCAUCCGUGUACACUAACCCGACGAAUGUUUAACUGGACUCCAUCCGUUCUGAGCUUCUGUUUAAAAUCGUACUCAGUGGACCAAUAUGCUAUUAAAGGUGUAUAUGAGACA